GGAGCUUCCGCUUCCUGUUCCGGGUCUGUCCUUCCUGCGGGAGGUGGCAGAGGGAGGUGGCUGCUUUGCCUGGAGGGGCUUCUGUCCGGAUCCCGGAGGAUCUUCUCCCGUCCUUUCUCCGCAGGGAAGGCGGCCUCUCCUCCCGCCUGCGGGUCAGAUGCGAGGAAGGAGAGACCGAGGAGGAGGAGGAGGGAAGAGCUGGGACUCCCAAAGGGCAGGAGAAGAGCCUUCUCGGAGGAGGAGAAGGAAGGCAAGGCGGACCCCGCGCAGCUCAAGCCGAGAGAGAAAAAGGCUGUGCAAUGGCAUUGGAGCAACACUGUGAAUCCUCCCUGCUUUACCCUGGAGAAGAAGCGACCACCAUGCAUCCAGUUGAGGAAUCAGUGAGCUUCGAGGAGCUGUUCUUUACUUUCACCAAUGAGGAAUGGGCCUUGCUGGAUCCAGACCAGAGAGCUCUGUAUGAGGAGGUCAUGCUGGAGAUUCAUGAGAUGGUGGCCUCUCUAGGAGAUGUUUGGGGGAUCUGGACUGAGGGAGAACCGUCAGAAGUGGCAUGUGAAAUUGCUGAGGAGCAGGAGGAGCAACGGAAGCUGUGGGUUCAAGAUGUUACCAACAGACAAGAGGGGACAGAAAUGCAGAAUGCUGGGAGGGAAUCCACUGAUUUUGAGAUUAACGAAAAUCAGAUAAUUCACACAGGGGAGGAACCUUAUGAAUGUUUGGAGCUCGGAAGGAACAUCAGUUGCAUAGACUACCUUACGUUUCAGGAAAUAUGUCAUACCGCCGAGAAACCAUAUAAUUGCUUGUUGUGUGGAAAGAGCUUCCGUCAGAGUGGUCACCUUAGUUUGCAUCAAAGAACUCAUACGGGCGAGAGACCUUAUCACUGCAGGGAGUGUGGAGAGAGCUUUAGGCACAGUGACUCCCUCAUAAAGCAUCAAAGAAUUCAUACAGGGGACAAACCUUAUAAAUGUCUGGAGUGUGGAAAGAGCUUCAGGCAGAAUAUCCACCUCACUAGACACAGAAGAAUUCAUACAGGGGAGAAACCUUAUAAAUGUUUGGAAUGUGGAAAGAGCUUUAUUCAGUGUAGCGUGCUCACAAGACACAAAAGGACUCAUACAGGGGAGAAGCCUUAUAGAUGCUGGGAGUGUGGAAAGACCUUCAGUGCUAAUUGGUCCCUUUCUAAACAUAGAAGGACUCACACAGGGGAAAAACCUUAUAAAUGUUUGGAGUGUGACAAGAGCUUCAGUUGGAAUGGUCACCUUAUACAGCAUCUAAGAACUCAUACAGGGGGGAAACCUUAUAAAUGUUUGGAGUGUGGCUCGAGUUUUAGUCAGAGGGGUCACCUUACUCAGCACCUGAGAACUCAUACAGGGGAGAAACCUUAUAAUUGCCUGGAGGGUGGAGACAGCUUAAGUCAUAUAGAUUCCCUUAACUCGCAUCUAACGAGUCAUAAAAGGGAAACAUGUUACACUUGGAAAGUAGAAGGAGAUUCAGUGAUCUCAAGAGUUCCUGCAGAGAGCAAAUGAAAGAUUCUUCUCAGUGUUAGAAUUCCCUUAUCUCCAGCUCUUACUUGUUCGGAGGCCUUUGGAGCCCAAUAUACCUUCCAUUUUAGAGGAGAAAGGGUUUUUGCUUUCAACCGGUUUUUUCAGUAGGAAACAGUUUGUGGCCUUUUUUUCUGGAAGGAGUUCAAGUGGUGGGUUGGAUAGAUAGCGGAAGGUCCCAGAAAGAGUCUUGCCAUUGGACUCUCCUCCAUUCCCUCACCCACUGUCUCCACUGACAACGAGGGGCAUAAAGGAACAGCAACAAGGGCCUCAGAAGAUGACCUCAGGGUCCAUAAGCACUUACCUGGACCCUCUUUCCAUAAGCACUUACCUGGACCCUGAGGUCAUCUUCUGAGGCCCUUCUUCAUGUGCCUCUUCCAUGAGAGGCCUAGAGUGUGGCAACAUGAGAACGGGCCUUUUCUGCGGUGGCUCCUCGUUUGUGGAAUACUUCUCUCAGGGAGGUUCACACACUAGGCAAAAGCUCUUUAACUAGGCCUCAGGCUGAUUGACAUCCAAUCCCCUUUAAAAAAAAAUUGGGGGGGCGGGGUUUUUAUUUAGAUUACCGUAUUUUUUGCUCUAUAAGACUCACUUUUUCCCUCCUAAAAAGUAAGGGGAAAGUGCAAGAU